GCUUCUUUCUGUUUUCACCAUUGCCUGUGAAUUUUAUUCAAAGAAGAGAUAUUGCAGAGAAGAAGAAGGAAAAAUAUGGGGUCUAUCCAGAUUGCCAAAGACGUCAUUACGCUUACAGGAUCUGCGGCCAUUGUUAGCGAGUUCUUCUCUUACGCCGCCAACAGUAUUCUGUACCAGAGAGGGAUCUACCCAUCCGACAGUUUUGGGGCAACAAAGAAGUAUGGUCUUACAAUGCUUACUACUAAUGACACUAAAGUUAAGGAAUACCUGACUGCCAUUACUUCUCAGCUAGCAGAAUGGCUGGAGAAGGGAAAGUUGCAGCGAAUCGUUCUGGUUAUUAUGAGCAAUGCCACUUCAGAGGUGAUGGAAAGAUGGAAUUUCACCAUCCACACUGACAAGGAUGUUGUUGAGAAAGGGGGAUCUCGAGAGAAAAGCGAUAAGGAGAUUAUGAGAGAAAUUCAGGCAAUUAUGCGCCAAAUCACAUCUAGUGUCACAUACCUCCCCUGCUUAGAUGAGCCCUGCACAUUUGAUGUGCUGGCUUACACAGAUAAUGAUUUGAGUGUCCCAUUCAAUUGGGCUGAGAGUGAGGCACGGUUGAUAAACAAUCCCCAAGUAGUGAAGCUUCAUUCUUUUGACACAAAGAUACAUAAAGUGGAUGCUCUUGUUUCUUACAAACAAGAGGAUGACGAUGAGUAAAAACAAAGUCAGAGACACCUUGCCUCGCCAACGGAAAAAUAGGUUUCCUUUGUAACGAUGCAUGUGGGUCUCUUCACCGUUUCCUCCUACUUGUGGAAAAUAUAUUGAAAAUUUGUUUUAGUCAAUUGGGUGGAUGUUACUGUUUCUUCACAGUUAAAUCCUACUCAUGCGAAUUGCAAGCAAUUUAUUUUUAGCAUAAGCUGUAAAAGAUAGAAUUGUAUGUCAAUUUUUGAUGCGUCACUGUAAAUGGGCUUAUUAUUCUCUUCUGCUCUACAAUGUAACACAUUUCUUACAGGAGUGAAAUUGAAUUGUCUUUGAAAAGUUUA